AUGAGAAGCUGCGCCGGUCUACACUCGCAGGAGAUCAGCUUAUAUAAUGCGGGCGAGCGUGGUAGUAAAAUAGCAGCGAGUAAAAUCACCGCUAAAUACAUUGAAACUUGUGUCGGCGCUGAUGUUGCUGAUUUGGCCAAAAUAGUUUUUAAUAAUCCUUCAUCCCGAUUCCAUCAGGAAUGGACUGCGGCUGUCAAGACCUGUGACCCGCUUGAUAAGGGGGAAAGUCGAGAUAGAAGAUGGACAGAGUUUAGGAUCAGUUGCACCCCAGCGACUUUUCGCGGGAAUCUUAACUGGGCAGGGAAAGGCAAACAAACAUAUACACCAAAAUCACCUCAAAAGAUAAUGGCAGCGCCUCCUCAUACGAAUGAUUCACAAUUACAAGAGUCGCCGGAUCAGUCACCAUCUCCAAGAAAAGUAAUGAGUAUCGCCGAAUUAGCGUCCUAG